AGAGAGAGAGAGAGAGAAAGAAAGAAAAGGAAGGCUCGGGGGCCGCCUUGACGGCCUGGCGGAGCCGGGUUAGACACCUGCCCAGCCAGCGGCGGGCCGGAGAGCUCCGCCCAGCCCAGCCCCGGAGGCGGCCCCGGGCGGCGGCCCCCGCGGCGGCGCGGCGCCGGGCUCCCUCCCGCCGGACGGCGCCGGAGGCCGGGAUGCUGGCGGCGCUGGCGGCGCGGGCGCGGGCGGCCGCCCUGCGGGGCAGGAGGCCCGGCCGUGCGCGCGGCCCGGGCGGCGGCAGGCGGCUGGGGACCGGGCCCCCGCCCGCAGCUACUGACAAUGUGAAGCCAUUGGAGGGUAUAAAAGUUCUGGAUCUAACAAGAGUAUUGGCAGGACCUUUUGCUACGAUGAAUUUAGCAGAUCUUGGAGCAGAAGUUAUAAAAGUGGAAAGACCAGGAGCUGGUGAUGAUACACGAACUUGGGGGCCGCCUUUUGUGGGGACAGAAAGUACUUAUUUUCUCAGUGUAAAUCGAAAUAAAAAAAGUAUAGCUGUUAAUAUCAAGGAUCCAAAAGGAGUGAAAAUCAUCAAAGAGCUCGCAGCUGUGUGUGAUGUGUUUGUGGAGAACUAUGUCCCGGGCAAACUGUCUGCAAUGGGCCUGGGAUACGAAGAGAUAGACAAAAUCGCUCCUCACAUCGUCUAUUGCUCCAUCACAGGGUAUGGCCAGACAGGCCCACUGUCUCAGCGAGCUGGUUAUGAUGCUGUGGCCUCUGCUGUCUCUGGUCUGAUGCACAUCACAGGCCCUGAGGAUGGAGAUCCAGUUCGUCCAGGAGUGGCCAUGACUGAUCUUGCCACUGGCCUGUAUGCAUGUGGAGCCAUUAUGGCUGGAUUAAUACAAAGAUACAAAACUGGAAAAGGACUGUUCAUUGAUUGUAACCUACUGUCAUCUCAGGUGGCAUGUUUAACCCAGGUCGCUGCUAAUUAUCUUAUUGGCCAACAAGAAGCAAAACGUUGGGGCACAGCUCAUGGCAGCAUUGUUCCCUACCAGGCUUUUAAAACCAAGGAUGGCUAUCUUGUAGUUGGAGCAGGAAAUAACCAACAGUUUGCUACUGUGUGCAAGAUCUUGAAUUUGCCUGAACUGAUUGAUGACUGCAAGUAUAAAACUAAUCACCUUCGGGUACAGAAUAGAAAAGAGCUUAUUAAAAUAUUAUCUGCACGGUUUGAAGAAGAAAUGACCAGCAAGUGGUUACAUCUCUUUGAAGGCAGUAAAGUCCCCUAUGGCCCAAUAAACAAUAUGAAGAAUGUAUUUGAAGAACCUCAGGUGUUACACAACGGCCUCAUUAUGGAAAUGAAACAUCCAACUGUGGGGAAGAUAUCAGUCCCAGGCCCAGCUGUGAGAUACAGUAAGUUCAAGAUGUCAGAGGCCAGGCCACCUCCCCUGCUUGGGCAGCACACGACGCACAUCCUGAAAGAGGCCCUCAGAUAUGAUGACAGGACCAUCGCUGAGCUGCUCAGGACUGGAGUAGUGAACCAACAUGAAGCCCAGUGACAAAGGAAAAAUGCUCUGUCUUAAAAACAUAGUCUGACUGCACUUUACUGGCAAAGGCAGUACUGCUUCUGAACCCUACGUCCCUUGGCACUAAAAACUAGAAUAAAUUCCAGAUUUCUGCAUUCGGCUCUGGUAUCAAUGAAUCUAGUGCUUCUUAAGUGUACCCCACCUUUCAUUCAUUACCAUUUCCCCCCCAGAUAAUAGAUUAAUUGUGAACUUGAAUUUGUGGGAUUUUUUGGUAAAGAUUUUUUUUUUUUUGAAAAAUACUUUCCUCCUCCUAAUUAGAUGAAUAGCCUAAAUGUUUUGCCUCCCCAGCUCAUGCAGGUCUGAAAAAGAGCAGGUCUCUUGACAUCCUCUACUUGCACAUAAAGUCCUCAUUUAAACCUUUGUUAGGAAGUCAAAGCAAUAAGCAGAAUGACAGUUUCAGUGAUUGAUUUUAAACAGAAUAACUUAAUUUUGAGCUCAUGAGCUCUUUGUUAAUCUGUAAUUUAAACCAUGGAUUUUGCUGAUGGCCAUUAUAAAGCCCAACUUCACUUCCCACAGGGGAGUAAAUGUUUGACUUAUGCUGUAUUUCUCUAAUUAAUUUCAUGAUACAUAGCAGAAAAUCAAUUUCCACCAAUGCAUUUUGAGGUGUAGGUAUCUAUCCGCAAAAAGGGUAGAAAAGCAGUUCUUUAAUUGAUGCCUUAUUUUGAGUCAAGUGUAAAUGCAACAUGUGUUUAAAUGAAUAUCAGAUGACUAGGUAUUAAAUAAUGUAUAAACAAUGAAAAAUAGAAGAAUGAAAACAUUUUUUCUUAUAAUUUGAGUAUCUACUGUAGAAAAAUGUAUCCUGCCUUGAUAUUAAAUAUUUGUACUUAAACAUUUAAAUAGUUGUCAUUGAAUUCAAAAUAUAUAAAAUAUCUUCUGCCCAGAAGAUAGUAACUGAAUUGUAUGUGCAUUCCAGAUUAAACUGUCACUCAGAUUGCCAAUCACCCACACCCAGGUAUAGACCAAGGAAUCAGAUGACACCUACUAUCUAAAUCCUGGUAUAAUCUUAAUUCAUGGUUAUUAGUCACACAUAUUUGAAAGUCAUGCCAUUACCUAUCAAGUGGUAAGUUAGAUUAUAGAUGUUCAUCCUUCAAACUAGGAUCUUGAGCUAGUUUUCUUUUUGUGUCCUUUUUUUAUUGGGAUAAUUGAAGCCAUUUAUCCAUGUUGUAAGCCCAGUGUGUAUCUAGAAUCAAGGUUCUGAAUAAAAAAAAAAAAGUCUUCUCA